UGCUCAGAAGCCUGAACACUUAGAGAUCCAGCACAGCAUUCACUGAUAAGCUCAGGGAGGUUAAAAAAAAUCAAUACUAGGAUGUACAGGGAAUCACCUUGAAAGCCAAACACACAAAUUAAAUAAUGGACGGAAGCGUUCUUCUGAAGCUGCUCGUAUUUGCUUCUUUUCUUGCUUGUGCUCACAGCCAGUGUCGGCAAGGUUGGAGGGAAUAUGAGAGUAAAUGUUACUUCUUUUCAACUGACACCAAGACGUGGACUGAGGCGAAUGCGUACUGCAUGGAGCAGGACAGCAACCUGAUGAGUAUUCAAGACAUCCAUGAAAGGCUGUGGGUGAGAACACAAAUCGGCACAGAGAUCUUCUGGAUCGGUUUGAACGACCUGGUCGUUGAGAACGUCUGGGAGUGGAGUGACGGGAAGCCUUUUAUAGAAUAUUUAUCGUUCUGGAUGUCGGGCCAGCCUGAUAACUUUAAUGAGAUGGAGCACUGCGGAGAGGUGGUUGGAUACAACUUUGGACACUGGAACGAUGACAACUGCAGCAACAAGAGGAAAUAUAUCUGCAAAUACAUCAAUGCAAAUCCAGCCCCGCAGUGUGACUUAGCCAGCGGCUGGAGGCAGCACGGCUCCAACUGCUACAAGUUUAAGUCUGACACGAUGAAGAGCUGGUCGGCAGCCAGGCGUGACUGUGUGGAGGAGGGAGGAGAUCUGGUUUCCAUAACCUCACUGGCAGAAAACACCUAUGUGAUGGGAACGCUGUCGUCGACACAUCUGGAUUUCUGGAUUGGUCUGUCCACUCUGAAAUGCAACAAGAUUUUAUGUCAGCUUGAUCCUGAGAACAGCCAGUUUGCCUGGUCUGAUGCAAUGCCGGUGAGCUUCUCUAACUGGGCGGUUACCUCCACAGUUGAUCCACAGGUCGGCGGGUGUGCUGCGUUGGUCAAAGAUACAUCAGAAGCUUUUGGAAAGUGGAAGUCCCAUUUGUGCCGAUACGAGCGUCCAUACAUGUGCAAGCGUCUAAUCAGCACCAUCUGUCUUCCAGGGUGGCAGAGCUUUAAUGGCAGCUGCUACUGGAUUGUCAGUAACGUCAAUCAACUGACCACCUGGCAUGAAGCUGUCACAAAGUGCUCUGCGAUGGGGGCUCACCUGCUGUUCAUUAACAGUCAAGAGGAGCAGUUUUUUAUCAAUGGGAAACUUCCAGACUUUCACCAAGUAGACAUUCCUGAUAUCUGGAUUGGCUUAUCAGAUAUGUACCAGGACGGAGACUUUAAAUGGACGGAUAAAAGUAAAAUCACGUUUUCAAACUAUGGUACUGGCUGGCCCAGAAACACCAAAGACACUUGGGACUGUGGUCAGAUCUACACAGGGAACUAUGAGGGCAAAUGGGAAACAACUAACUGCUUCAAGAGUCUGGGUUACAUCUGUGAGAUGACCGGUGGACUGAACCCUCAACCAACUGCGUCUCCUGAUGGCCAUUGUGACCGUGGAUACUUGCUCUAUAAGGACUUCUGCUACCACUUUGAGACUGAGCAGGUGAAAAACUGGCAAGACGCCGAGGCUUACUGCGUCAAAGAGCAGGGUCAUCUGGUCAGCUUUCAUUCGGAGGAAGAGCUCAGCUUCCUCACUGCUCACAUGCCAGGUGAAGCCUGGGUGGGUUUGAAUGACAUCAGUAUUGAAAACCAGUUUGUGUACACUGAUGGAUCAGCUGCAAAUCUCCUGCCCUGGGCUCCCGACCAGCCAGACAACUGGGAGAACGAGGACUGCGUUCACCUGACGGGAAUGACUCACCCUGACCCUGGGAAGCUUAAUGACGACAAGUGCUCUGCCACGAAAGAAUUUGUUUGCAAAAAAGCAAAGGGUCAAGGGCCUCCUCCUCAGCCUCCAACAUCUGGACCAGGGUGGAAUGAGAAAUGCGGUUCGUGGACCUCUGACCCUUUCAACGACUUCUGCUACCUGUUUAACUACCUGUCGAUGAGGACUUGGGCGGAGGCUCGAGCUGACUGUGUCAACCAGGGAGGGGACCUUCUCAGUAUCACUGAACCUUUUGAACAGGCUUUCAUACAGGGCCUGAUCCAGCAGGCUCCCACCGGGAUCUCCCUGUGGAUGGGGGGUCAUGACUCCAUCACAGAGGGCGGCUGGGAGUGGACGGACGGCUCUCCGUUCAGAUACAUUCGCUGGAAUGCAGGUAACCCAGAUGAUUACUUUGGGGAGGACUGCUUGUCGAUACUCAUCAACGACGGCUACUGGAAUGACGACAACUGCCAGAACAAGAGAGGAUAUAUCUGCAAGCGGAGAGGGAAAACACCAGAGCCUCCUCCACCACACGAUGGUUUCAUGACAGCAGUUGUGUGCCAGGAAUCCGCCGCUGUCCUUCACUGCCCUCAGGAAAGCGUGAUAAACAUCCAGUCUGCUUUCUACGGCCGCAAGAGCAAUGACAUCUGCCCACACUUCGAGGGAUCAGAAGGGAGCUGUACAGUCGAAGGAGUUCUUCCUCAGUACAGGAAGGCAUGUGAUAACCGUCCUUUUUGCUUCGUGUACGCCCACACUGAGGAAGACCCCUGCCCCACCAUCUCAAAAUAUCUGGAGAUAGUAUAUAGCUGUGAACAAAAAGUGUGUCUGCACGGCCUGGGUGUUGAGGAUGGGAACGUCACAGACUUCCAGCUCUCUGCUUCUUCUUCUAUUGGUUCUUUUACUGCAGACAAAGCCCGUUUGAAUGGAAACUCCUGCUGGAUGCCCUCAGGAAGUGCAACUUCAAGCUGGAUCCAAGUGAACCUGGGUCAGACCAGGAAAGUAACUGGGAUUGUAAUCCAGGGUUGUCCUCAGAAUGACCACUGGGUCACUAAAUAUAAGCUGCAGCACAGUAUGGACGGGGCAAGCUGGACUGACUACACUGCUGAUGGAGAUUUUUUCCCAGGCUCAACAGACAGAAACAUCCCUGAGACCCAGCUGCUGGGAACCCCUGUGUCCGCUCGGUACGUCCGCCUCCGUCCACUGGAGUUCAGCGGCCAGGCAGGGCUCCGCUUUGACGUACUGGGAUGCACACCUGACUAUGCAAUUACAUGUGCCAACAAGCCCAACUUCAGUUUUGCCAAUGAUCAAAUGACGGUUCAUUGUCCAGCUGGGUGUGCUAAUACAGAUUACCUAGUGUACGGCACAUCAGUAUAUCGUGGGGACUCAAACAUCUGUGCAGCAGCCAUCCAUGCUGGAGUUGUUCUCAAUGAGAACGGAGGAGACUGCACUUUGUUAAAAGCUCCUGGUCAAAGCUUUUAUCCCGGGUCCACCAGGAACGGCAUCAUCUCCAGACAGUUUAAUGGAGACUAUGAUGUGUCGUAUAUUUUUUCAGACGGGGAGCUGAGAUGCUCCGGGCCUGACUGGUAUGAGUUUGGAGACUUCUGCUACAAACCUUUUGGAGACAAAAAGACUUGGCAUGCCGCUCGGAGAUCGUGCAGGAAUCUGGGCGCCGAGCUUGUUUCCAUCCAUUCCAUGAAGGAGCAGAGCUGGGUGGAGAGCUACCUCUACAUGGCCACCAGUGACGUGUGGACUGGUCUGAACGACCUGGCCGUGCCUGGUAUGUUCAUGUGGUCCAAUGAACACAUCGUAACUUUCACCCAUUGGGCUCCAGGAGAACCCAACAACCAUGACGGCUUCAGUGAGGAUUGUGUUGAAAUGUUACACCAGACCGGCAGAUGGAAUGACGCGUCUUGCACAGAGCUUAACACCUACAUAUGCAAAAUGCCCAAAGCCCAUUACCCUCUCCCAUCAGUCAAACCCACCAUGUAUGGAUGUCCGCAGGGUUGGGACGCGUACGGCUACUCCUGCUACUGGAUGGAAGAGACGGCCAGGAGUUGGUCCGAUGCUAAAGCUUUCUGUAAGGAGCAGGACGCCGUCUUGUUGCACAUCGGAGACAUCUACGAACAGUCCCAUUUUACAGUAGCCUUGUCAGGAAGAACCAGUUUCUGGUGGAUGGGGCUGCGCGCCCAGGGAGACAUGAGUGGCGGGGUCGACUACGUUUGGGACAACGGUUUACCUUUGACCUUCACUCACUGGGACAAAGACCAGCCAGACAAUGAAGAUGGUACCUGCGUGGCUAUGACAACGGGACAGAUUGGCGGUUUCUGGGACGACAAACAGUGCUCAGAGAAAUACUCCUUCAUCUGUGAAAAGGCCAGACCUGACAUCACUCCACCUACGAAGGCUCCAACUCCUCCUCCGUCUCAGGGCUGCGCUGACGGCUGGACGGCUUUGCCCCACUUCAGGAACUGCUACAGGCUUUUCCACAACGUGGACUGGUCCCAGAAAAAGAGCUGGGAAGCAGCACAGGAGGACUGCAUAUCCAGAGGAGCUAAUCUGGUCAGUAUCCACAAUCAUGAGGAGGAGGAGUUCUUAUCUGUGUACAGUAAAGGCAGCGCUAAGUGGAUCGGGCUCAGGCACAACCCUACAGAAGGAGGGUAUUCCUGGAGCGAUGGAACGCCCUUGUCACACACAAACUGGGGCCACGGGGAGCCAAACAACCACGAGGAUCGUGAGGAGUGCGUGGAGAUGGUGAGCAGCAACAACGGGACGUUCUCCUGGUGGAACGACCUGAACUGUGACGCGCAUCAAGACUGGAUAUGCAUGAUUUCCAAAGGAAAAACCCCAAUCAUUCCCCCAGUGCCUCCAUCUCCUGUCCCAGCUCCUGAUUGUGGCUCCAACCCUGGCUGGAGGAAGAACAACAACAUCUGUUACUACUACAAUGACACCGAUAUAGUUGACUUCCACACAGCCAUCAUGCGUUGCUACGCAGAGAAGGCCAUGCUUGUCUCCAUUCUCAACAAAGAUGAACAGGCAUAUGUCAACAGCAUGGUGGGCACAGGGAAGGUGGCUGCAGCCUGGAUCGGACUGAGGAUGUUUGGCAUCGCAAGUGGACAGUACAUGUGGAUAGACCUCUCCCCUCUAACAUACACCCACUGGGCACCGGGGGAGCCAAACAACGCUAACGGGGAGGAACAGUGUGUCCAGAUGAACAGACAUCAAGGUGGCUGGAACGACGCCAACUGCGGCCGAGCAGGAGCGGGUUACGUCUGCAAGAAGUUUCCUGGAGACGUCCACACGCCUCCUCCCCCCACACAACCCUGGGAGGGCAACUGUCCUGCAGAAUGGAUGCGUUUUAAGGACAAAUGCUUCAUGUUUAAAGGGAAGAAAGAUGACAUCAAAGCAAACUGGUCUCAUGCUCGAAGCUGGUGCAAGGAUCAAGGAGGGGAGCUGGCAAUUAUUGAUAACCAGUAUGAGAAUGACUUUGUGGCCAGCUAUCUCAAAGAUCUAGAGCUCCCCACUUGGAUCGGUCUGUCGGAUCUCUUAGUGGAGAAUCAGUACGCCUGGAGCGACGGGGUCAGUCCAGUGCUCUACACCAACUGGAAUGAACACGAACCCAACAACGCAGGAGGAACGGAACACUGUGUGGCCAUGACUCACGGCGCUCUCGCUACCGGCAAGUGGAACGAUGACGCCUGCCACAAGAAUCAUAGCUUUGUCUGCUACAGAAAGAAAUCAAGCAGCAUCCAACCUCCUCCUCCCACGAAGAGCCCUUGCCCUGCCGACUACAUCUCCUGGUACCAGAACUGCUACAAGCUGAUUGAGGAGCCGGCGACUUGGGAUGCGGCUCAGGCGGCCUGCGAGGAGCAGGGUGGCAACUUGGCCAGCAUCGACAUGAGCUACGAUCAGGCCUUUGUGGCCGGCGUCGUCCUGCAGGGAAAGGCAGAUGCCUGGAUUGGAUUAAGGCGCAAGGAGGACAGCUCCUACAUGUGGACAGACGGCUGGCCAGUUUUCUUCACUCAGUGGGGUCCAGGAGAGCCCAGCAACAUCCAGGAUGAGGGAUGUGUCAGCAUGCAUGCUUCAAUCUGGUUCCACGGGACCUGGAACGAUACCAAGUGUGACCAGGCUAAGCCCUACAUCUGCAAGAUCUCCUCUGUAAAACCGCCUCCCACUCCCAGCCCCGGUGAUGGGAAGUGUUUGCCUUUCUUUGCUCCUUACGGCCGGUACUGUUACUUCAUGUACGACGGGGCGGAGGGCUUCUCCUGGAACGACGCCCGACACUACUGCCAGUCGGUCAGGACUGAGCUGACCUCCAUUCACAGCAGGGCAGAGAUUGAGUUCAUCAGGAACCUAAACUUUACUAAAAAGCACAACAUCUGGAUCGGCCUUACCCGGGACAGAAACUUUGGUUGGGGCUGGACAGACAAGACGUCGUUGGGAUUUGUUAACUGGGCUCAAGGUGAGCCCAAUUCGGCCUUCCAUCCCGGGGAUAUUGCCGAGGAGAACUGCGUGGAGAUGUAUCUUGACGGGCGCUGGAACGACAACAACUGCCUGCAGAAGAGAGGCUUUGCAUGUCGCCACCGCCAGUAUUACACAACAGAUGAUGGCAAAAAUCCCAUCUUCCCCACUGACAGCCCAGGUGGAAAUGCCGGGGUGGUAGUCGGCGCCGUCAUUGGAGCCGUCAUCUUCUUCUGCUUGGGGGUUGGCCUGCUGUAUUACAUCUUCAGAGUGAGGGGAUAUAAACUGAGCAGCUUGAGCUUACCAACAAGAACCACCUCCCGUGUUGAUGUGCCGGCUUUCAGCAACCCCAACUUUACAGGAGAAUCUGACACGUAAACCCUCCUCCCAUAUCUGUAAAAUACAUUAAUGAAGGUCUAUUUUUAUGUUCUUUUAAUCAGCCUAGUUUGAAGCUUCUGAUAAGCAAGUUUUAUAGGAUUAAGGAAUGCUGUGUGAACUUUAAUACGGCAGGGACAAGAAAACGUGAUCUCUUUUUAGCGCACAUCUUUUUGAGUGAAAAAUAUUUGCAAUGUUUCGAACUUUUGUGACAAGUCCAUAAAAAUGCCAGUGUUGUAGCCAUUUUUCUUCUUUCCAACUCUCAUCCAAAUUAAGAUUUUAAAAGAAGCAGACUAAAUUUUAAACCCAGACCUUAUAAAAGUACAACUACAUUUUAAACAAACUCAUGUUUUCUUGCUUCUUUAUUUCAUUAAAAAAAAAAUACUAUGUAAAAUUUUGUCACCUCCUUGACAGUGCAAAUACUUUGUGUCUUCUUCCACACUGAAGAGGGUUGUGGUUUGCCUGAACUGUUCUUGGGGAUGUUAUGUUUACUUACCAUGAAAAUAUGCAAAUUUAGAGUUUUUGAUUGGACUAGGACUAGUCAAGGUCGCUGAAACUAAAUGCUACAUAUUUUGAUGCUGAAUACCAUCUGAUUUCUCUGUGCAUCUCUUAAGAAAAUAUUAUUGUGUAGCUUCUACAUCCACACUUAUGUACUUAUUUUGUUCAAGAUAAACCAGAGUAAGUACCCGCUGCCCUCUACAAUCGCUGCAAUUUAGUUUCCAGUGUUUAUUCAUCGUUGUACACUGCAACACAGUUUCACAAAUUUUCACGAAAUGAAAAAGAAACAUCUUUCAAAAACUGGUCUGAAGAUUUUGUUUCCAGUCAAAACACAAUUGGACAAUUAGUUACAAUAUAAUUUAUAAAUUAAAUAGCAAAAACAAAUGAUGAAAUUAGAGCCACAGGAUUUGAACAGAAAAAAAAAAAGACAAAAAAGUAUCGAACGUUGCAGUUUCCCUUCGUGAGCAGGGUAGACGACCAUCCAUCCCAAACUGUAAAGCUCAUUUCAAUGACAUCCUGCUGAAGGUUCCAACGUAAAAAAAAAAAAUAGCUCCCAAUUACAUGGCACUCUGUUCUUAAUUAAAACAUAUAAAUUGCAUAGCUGAAAGUAAUAAAGCUAGGAACAAUUAAGUUAAGAAACGCCAAGUGCUAUUCCUACGCUAGUCUAGACCUUCUUUAUCAGCAUGUCACACCAAAAGCAAUUUCCCUGCAUAUUAAUAAAGAAUUGUAAUAACAUAA